GAAGCCGCUCCGCCUGUUUCCGCGCUGCGGACCUACAAACCUGCUGCAGUGAGCCCUUUACCCGCCGGUACACAACGAGAACUGGCUCUGCGACGACAAAACAUUGGGUUUCACCUGAAUUUACAGUUCUGCGACGUAUUCGGUGACACUGCGUUUGGGAAGACGAAGACAGACCGACUGACAGGAUGGGAAAUGAAGCAAGUUACCCCUUGGAGAUGUGCUCACACUUCGAUGCUGAUGAGAUUAAGAGACUAGGAAAGAGGUUUAAGAAACUCGACCUAGAUAAUUCGGGCUCUCUUAGUGUGGAGGAGUUCAUGUCCUUGCCUGAGCUUCAGCAGAAUCCGCUGGUCCAACGAGUUAUUGAUAUAUUUGACACCGAUGGAAAUGGCGAGGUGGAUUUCAAAGAGUUUAUUGAAGGAGUCUCUCAGUUCAGUGUCAAAGGUGACAAAGAACAGAAACUUCGCUUUGCUUUCCGGAUUUACGACAUGGAUAAAGAUGGCUAUAUUUCAAACGGAGAACUCUUCCAGGUGUUGAAAAUGAUGGUGGGAAACAACCUAAAGGACACACAGCUGCAGCAGAUCGUUGACAAGACCAUCAUUAAUGCAGACAAGGACGGAGAUGGCAGGAUAUCCUUUGAGGAGUUUUGUGUGGUGGUCGGAGGUUUAGACAUACAUAAAAAGAUGGUGGUGGACGUGUAAAUGGACAGACAGCCUCUUCUCCAGCCUCGUCUCUAUUUUUUGGCCUCUGUAAUUCUUUGCUUUCUUCUCCAUGAUCUGAGAAUUGGCUCACAGUGCGUAAGAUAAUAUGCUCCCCUUUGCUGUUCUUGAUUUCUUGUUAACUUUUCUGUAUUUUCAACAAAAGUAUUUUGUUUUGUGACCACACCCCCCUUCGAUAAACUUACAAAUCUCAAGAUGCCAAUCAUCUUAAGUGUUAUUAAGCAUGAUCUUUUUUCCUAUUAGUAACUGGUGGGAUCGACAAAGAAUCGUCUUUUGGACACUGAGUAAGCAUUUCGGUUUGGUGGAGAAGGGGGAAUGUGUGUAUGUAUAUCAGUGUGUGCGCAUGUGUGAUGUACUGUUUGUUUCUUUUUCAUUUUUGAAGGGGGGGGGGGGGGCAGACUAUUUUUUUUAUAUUUAUUUUGGUCUUGUCUUUUUUUUUUAAAUGAGGAUGCAAGGUGUACAGGGGCAACACUCAGUUGGUUAUAUUUGUUUCAUCACAACCUGCAAAUAGAGCAUGAAGUGCCAAUGAAAAGUAAAAAUGUGAUUAAUACCUACAGUUAACUAUUUACAAAUCUGAGGAUUAAUAUUGGCUUUGCACAGAAUCUACCAACAGGUUAACAGUCAUACUAAUCAAUUUCCUGCAACAGUUUUUUUAUUCUAGUUUAGUUUCAGAUGUGUAUGAAAUAUUAACAUAGUGUUUUGUUAUGAGAGAUAUGUGUGUGAGUGCACUGUUUAUAUCGUCAGGGUGUUAAAAUAUAGACAUUGCUUUCAUUGCCUAAAAUCCAGUGGAAUUAAAUACAACUUUAUGGUAUACUUACAUAUGUAUUUAUUUAUGUAUGGUCUACUCCAUACAUGCAAGCUAAUGAAUUAUGCUAAUAAUUUAAUUAUCUUACGCAUAGAUAUUAAGUCUAAUGGACAAAGUAAUAGUGAGCCAGUGUGAUUAGGAUGAAGCUGCUUAUCGAACAUAUCCUUUAAUAUCCUAAACCAAAGUAAUUUUCAGAUUUUCUAAAAAUGGACGAAGAUUCUCAAACCAGUAAUCCUAGCGUCUGCAUACCCUUAAUCAGCUCUGGUGUUUAUACAUAUAAAUCUUUGCAUAACGGCGUCAGACUACUAUUAUGUAAAAUAAUAGCCUGUGCAUACUACUAAAAGAUGCCAGAACACAGAAAUACUUAAAACAUCUGGUCAAAUUUUUUUUUUUCCGCUGUAUCCAAUUAAUUUUUGACAGUUGUCUUAAAUAUUCAUCCUUCCUCAGUUGUGUUAGAAAUUAUUAAGACCUUAUGGCUAAUCUACAGAUUUAGCAGUGAUCAAACGUCAAAGUGUCAAAUAAUUCCUUAAAACCUUAACAUUGCAUCACAACACAUCCUGUUUAAACACACCACUAUAGAAUGGACAAUUUCUGAGUGUAUGUUGCAUUUAACAUUUUAAAGGAGAUAAUACAUAUUGUAGAAUGUUCACUUAACAUUCAUAAAUGAGCGAUGUGGCGGUUCAGCACAGACUGUCACACCAAACCCAAAUUAAAUUGAAUUUUCCAACCUGCCUGCAGGCAGCUCCGUUUAGUAAUUCCUAUUUGUAUAUUAAAACUGAAAAGGAAUAUGACUGAAGGAUGGACUAUAGGUGUGAGUUUGAGCUGUUAGCAUUUCAUACCCAGUGUAAUUUCCUUUAUUACAGCACGAUAAGCAGAUGUUCAUUUACACAACUUUUGAUUGCUAAGAUUUUACUUUCCUCAUCAAUUUAAAUAUUUUUGACUUCAUGUCGUCGUUGUCUGUUGAAAUAAUAAGACGCUCUAAAUGACUGUUUAAAAACAAUGCUGGUGUUGCUGUAGAGACCUUUGCUAGAAUGGCAUAUUAAUUUACUACAAAAAUCCUAAGUAGACAGGAAAACCAUCUUUUUCCACAUCCCACUCAGUUAAUGAAUCAAAUAUUUAGCAACUUCAGUCAUAAAUUACUACACAAAAACUUUUGUUUCCACCCCACCCCUCUUCAUUCUCAAUUUAGUCAUUUCCAAUUCAUGAUUGUAACUCCGCUGCUGCUUGCACUACCUCUAUUCUGGCCAAGGAGAGCCACAGACCAUUACAUGCUCAGUCGCCAGCCGCUUCCUAUCACCUGCCAGUGUUUGGUUUCCAAACAAUGCUCCAUGUGACUCAGCCUCAUUCAUCCCCUUCUCCCCAACUUGCACAGGUACACAGACCAGUCCUGGAUAUAGCAUAUGUCGCAGUGGCAUCAAUAAGAGACCUCUCAGGUUGAGGCUCUGCUUACAUUUCAACUGUGAUGUGUUAGACGGCUGCACUGCCUGAACACCCAAAAUGUUCAGAUUAUAAUUUUUAAAAAUCUACAAGGUUUCUACAGACAAUUGGUUAGCAUUGCCGUUUGCUCUGCCUUUUUUUUACUUUAUCCAAGAUGCCCUAGUAUUUUAGGUGCUUUGCUGUGAUAUAUCACUUCUCUCUACCCUCACUCUUCAACAUCUGCUAUGCUCUAAACCAUGUGCUGCAUGACAACUCUUCCUAUGUUUUUUUUUUUUUUUCUUUAAAAAAAAAAUUAUAAAAAAAAAAGAAAAAUGAUGGUCCUGUGAUGUGCUUUGCAUGAAAUGGGCGAGUGUCUUUUUUUCUUUCUCUAUUAUUAUUGUUUCUUUUAAUUGUGCAUGUAGGUCUGACUUCCAGGAUAAAAAUACAAUCCUCUUGUUUACAUAAAGAAUUAUAUGAAUGACAGUUGCAUAUAAAUAUAUGGAUGUUGCCAAAUUUUUUGGUAAAUGUUUUAAAUAUGAAAUGAGAAACAUACUCCAAUACAUCAUGUAUCCAUAGCUCUAUAAUAUUACAAAAUGAAUAAUCUGAAUCGGUGUCACAUACAGCAAAGUUUCAGUUCAGCCCUCUAAAAGCAAUGUGUUGCUGAAAGAGGGUUUUUGGUUUCUUUUUGUUUUGUUUCUGAUUUUGUUUCAUUGUUUUGUACAGACUUUUGUUAUUUACAUGUAGUACGAGUUGUGCUGUUGCUUUUGAUUUAGUGCUUUGUAUAACUUAAAUUGGGGGUUGGAUGGUUUGUUACCUUGUAUAAUAAAUAUAUUGGUGUGAUGGUGGUGGGUUUUGGGAAAUGAAAAUUGUUUUAGAAUUUGUUUUUGUUUAGGCCUCUUCAUCUCUGCAUGCUGCGUCAUAUGCUGUGGGAACCAUUGAGAUGUCACUCAUGAUAAAAAAUAAAAUAUUUACACUUGUAAACAA